GUCGUAAAGCUUGCCAUUGACCAACCAGGACGACGGAAGAAGAUCAUGUGAUCAUUCCUAGCGGAUCGCAGUGGUCCUUAAGGACAGCCCAAUAAAAGGCUUAAACCAUUGCUGGUCGCUCACAUUCCCCCAGUCGCCCCUCACGUCGUCUGGUUGAUCGUCACCCUUGGAAAGAUGUCGGACGAGGGAAAAUUGUUCGUUGGAGGUCUUAACUUCACCACGACCGAGGAUUCAUUGGCGGGGGCCUUUGGCAAAUACGGAACCAUUGAGAAAGUGGAUGUGAUCAGAGACAAAGAGACUGGACGGUCUCGUGGUUUUGGGUUUGUGAAAUACGAAAAUGUUGAGGACGCAAAGGAUGCAUUGGAAGCCAUGAACGGCAAGACUCUGGAUGGCCGAUCUAUUCGUGUGGAUGAAGCAGGAAAGGGCAGCCGCUCAAGGGGAGCUUUCAACUCUGGAGGCCAACGCGGAAGUGGAGGAGGAAGAUUCGGAAGUUCCCGGGGGAGAGGUGGGAGAGGUUACUCCAGAGGUGGCGGCGGCUACAACGGAGACAGGGGAUAUGGUGACAGAAGCUACAACGAUCGAAGCUUCGGUGGUGGAGACAGGAGCUUUGGUAGUGGGGGCGGUGGCGGUGGAUACAGAAGCGGCUACUCCAACAACUACAGAGAUAACAGGGGUCAAGGUGGCUAUGAUCGCCCUGGAUCAUCCUACCGGGAUUCGUACGACAGCUAUACUGAAAACGAGUAAACAUCUCCCUGAUUCAAGAUCAUCACUUGGCUGGCUGUAUUUCAAAGAUGCGCUCCUCAAGGAAAAAACGUCCACGUGUUAUUGCUGACCUUAGUUUUGUAGUUCUGGUGUUGUAGCUCAAGCAUCUUAAAAAGAAUGUAGCCAUGAGUUUUGGUCAUUCCUUUUCCUUUUUUAUAAACAGGUCCAUGUUUAAACAACUUACAGUUGCUUCCCUUGCCUGAGAGGUCCCCGUUAUUUCCCCAAACUCUGUAUCACAAAAUAGACACAUUUCUAUCACUAGGUCAAGCUCCAUUUUUGGGGCUCAAACUACACCCCUCGUGGUGUUAAUUUGCUCAGCCACAUCGCAGUGAGCCUUAUUUUGCCCAGAACUUUGAAGUGUUGCCUGAAUCUGAAGUCCUUUUUUUUAGUGAAACUUAAUGGGGCUCCUUUUUGUUUUCCUAAGUUACUCCUCUUGGUCACUGGCCGACCUCCUUCCAGAAAGAGAUCAAUUUGCCCAAACAGAUUUAAGGGAAUUUUAAGCCAAAUUCCUUUUACAAUUAAACCUAGUUGGCACCCCUGUGUUCAAUUUUCCCAAAAGCGUGAAUUCCUUUCAGACUGGUGAACUACAAAUCCGAAGUGGCCAGCUGUUCAUGAAGUUGCAAAUUGCAGCAUGCUACAGUCUGUCCCAGGUAUCUUCUAUGCUCUGCUCAACAUCUGCAUUUUUUUAAAUGUGCUGUAAAAUGGACUAAUCUUGUCAAGUGAUCGAAACAAAAUGUAACUUCGUUUCCAAAAGUAAAAUCUCAAAACGGGAACAGAUUUGUACUUUAUGUUCUUUGUAUGGUCUUUUCUUUUCUUUGUCAGUUCGGCUUCAUGGAGCCCAUUAAACAGAUUGUGGAAAAUA